AUGCAGCCCCAAUUCAUCCUUGCUACUCUCCUCGCCGGCCUGGUCGCCGCCGCGCCCCAGGACAUUGUCUUCCCCGACGCCGAGGACGACGGCUGCGAGCAGGGCAAGGCCAUCACCGGCCCUCCCGGCACGUUCUGCAUCGGAACCCACGGCGAAAACUACGGCCCGCCCAAGACUGCCGCCACCGAGUGCGGCAUCCCGGCUUGCUUCAAGUUCCCCGGCUGCGAGAAGUAUGUCAAGGGUCCGGACGGCUGUGACGAGUGCCCCCCCGGCUGCUAA